CAAUUCAAAACUUCCGGUUUAGUCAAACGACGAAGUCUAUUUUGAUAUUUUGUCUAGCUAGCGACAUAGUUUAUGAAAUAAGUUUAAUAGUAAUUUAUUAACACCUCAAUCAAAAUGGGGAAGCGUCAACAUCAGAAGGAUAAAAUGUACAUCACAUGUGCUGAGUACACCCAUUUCUAUGGAGGGAAAAGAUCAGAAAUUCCAAAGUCAAAUUUUCGACGUCUUCCAUUUGACCAUUGCAGCUUGUCUCUGCAGCCGUUUGAAUAUCCCAUGUGCACUCCCGAGGGAAUCGUCUUUGACCUGCUGAGCAUCGUUCCUUGGAUAAAGAAGUUUGGCACCAAUCCCAUCUCUGGAGAGAAACUGGAAGCGAAGUCCCUCAUCAAGCUAAACUUCGCCAAGAACAACGAUGGUAAAUACCACUGUCCCGUCCUGUACACAGUCUUCACAAACAACUCCCAUAUCGUCACCAACAAGCUCACUGGCAAUGUGUUCUCUCACGAGGCUGUGGAACAGCUCAACGUCAAGACGAAGAGUUACAGAGACCUGCUCUCUGAUGAACCUUUCACCAGACAGGACAUCAUCACCCUGCAGGAUCCAACCAACCUGGAUAAGUUCAAUGUCUCGGACUUCUUCCACGUCAAGAACAACCUCAAAGUACUGGACCCUGAUGAGGAGAAGGCUAAGCUGGACCCUGGUUACCACCUGAACAGUACGAACAUGGAGACCAGAGAGACCCUGGCGGAGCUCUAUAAGGAUUAUAAAGGAGACGCUCUACUGGCCUCCACCAUGAAGGAACCAAAGGCCAAGAAGACCGACAAACUUAACGCGGCUCAUUACUCUACUGGCAGAGUGUCUGCUUCCUUCACCUCCACAGCCAUGACCCCUGCUACCGAACACACUGCAGAUGCCAUCUCCGAUGACACGGUGCGUUAUUCCUAUGUGAAGAAGAAAGGCUAUGUUCGCCUUCACACCAACAAGGGAGACAUCAACCUGGAGCUGUACUGUGACAAGGUUCCUAAAGCAGGAGAGAACUUCACCAAGCUGUGUAAGAAGGGUUACUACGACGGAACUGUCUUCCACAGAUCUAUCAGGAACUUCAUGAUCCAAGGAGGAGACCCAACUGGGACUGGUUUAGGAGGAGAGUCAUUCUGGGGUAAGCCCUUCAAAGAUGAGUUUCGUCCCAACCUGUCCCACACCGGACGAGGGGUUCUCAGCAUGGCCAACUCAGGACCCAACACCAACAAGUCCCAGUUCUUCAUCACCUUCCGGUCGUGUCCCUACCUGGACAGGAAACAUACCGUGUUUGGAAGGGUGGUGGGAGGCUUCGAGGCUCUGACAGCCAUGGAGAACAUAGAGGCUGAUCCUAAAACCGAUAAACCCAAGUCUGAGGUCAAGCUGCUGAGUGCCACUGUGUUCGUGGACCCUUAUCAAGAGGCAGAUGCCCAGAUUGCAGCGGAGCGUCAGAAGGAGUUUGAGAAGCAGGAGGAGGAUCGAGCUCAGACCAGUUUGUCUCAGAGGAAGACUAAAGCAGAUCAGGCUCCCAAGACCUUCAAGGCUGGCAUAGGGAAAUACAUCAACCCUGUGACCACUACCAGCACGAAGCGUCCAGCAGUGGAGGACAGCGGACCGUCCACCAGUGGAGCCAAGAAGGCCAAAGGAAAGACUGGCUUUGGAGACUUCAGCUCCUGGUAACUCCGUGGACACGCAGCCCCGUGGACACGCAGCCCCGUGGACACGCAGCCCCGUGGACACGCAGCCCCGUGGACACGCAGCCCCGUGGACACGCAGCCCCGUGGACACCUUCUGUGUCCCACCACUACUUUAGACCAGAGCCCUAUGGCACCCUAUUCCCUAUAUAGUGCACUACUUUAGACCAGAGCCUAUGGCACCCUGUUCCCUAUAUAGUGCACUACUUUAGAUCAGAGCCUAUGGCACCCUGUUCCCUAUAUAGUGCACUACUUUAGACCAGAGCCUAUGGCACCCUGUUCCCUAUAUAGUGGACUACUUUAGACCAGAGCCUAUGGCACCCUGUUCCCUAUAUAGUGCACUACUUUAGACCAGAGCCUAUGGCACCCUGUUCCCUAUAUAGUGCACUACUUUAGACCAGAGCCUAUGGCACCCUGUUCCCUAUAUAGUGGACUACUUUAGACCAGAGCCUAUGGCACCCUGUUCCAGAAAUAGUGGACUACUUUUGACUAGGGUCCAUAGGACACUAUGUAGUUAUGGUCAAAUAUAUAGGAAAUGAAGUAACCAGGCUUUGGUCAAAAGUAGUGGUAAAUGUAGGGAAUAGGCUUCCAUUCUGGAUGUACCCCCUGAUACCCUAUUACCCCCUGAUACCCUAUUACCCCCUGAUACCCUAUUACCCCCUGCUACUACCAGUCAGCCCCUGAUACCCUAUUACCCCCUGCUACUACCAGUCACCCCCUGAUACCCUAUUACCCCCUGCUACGACCAGUCACCCCCUGAUACCCUAUUACCCCCUGCUACGACCAGUCACCCCCUGCUACUACCAGUCACCCCCUGAUACCCUAUUACCCCCUGCUACGACCAGUCACCCCCUGAUACCCUAUUACCCCCUGCUACGACCAGUCACCCCCUGAUACCCUAUUACCCCCUGCUACGACCAGUCACCCCCUGAUACCCUAUUACCCCCUGCUACGACCAGUCACCCCCUGAUACCCUAUUACCCCCUGCUACGACCAGUCACCCCCUGAUACCCUAUUACCCCCUGCUACGACCAGUCACCCCCUGGUAUAUUACCCCCUGCUACUACCAGUCAGCCCCUGAUACCCUAUUACCCCCUCCUACGACCAGUCACCCCCUGAUACCCUAUUACCCCCUGAUACCCUAUUACCCCCUGCUACUACCAGUCACCCCCUGAUACCCUAUUACCCCCUGCUACUACCAGUCAGCCCCUGAUACCCUAUUACCCCCUGCUACGACCAGUCACCCCCUGAUACCCUAUUAACCCCUGCUACUACCAGUCACCCCCUGAUACCCUGAUAUAUUACCCCCUGCUACGACCAGUCAGCCCCUGAUACCCUAUUACCCCCUGCUACUACCAGUCACCCCCUAACCCUAUUACCCCCUGAUACCCUAUUACCCCCUGCUACUACCAGUCACCCCCUGAUACCCUGAUAUAUUACCCCACUGCUACUACCAGUUACCCCCUGAUUCCCUAUUACCCCCUGCUACUACCAGUCACCCCCUGAUUCCCUAUUACCCCCUGCUACUACCAGUCACCCCCUGGUAUAUUACCCCCUGCUACUACCAGUCACCCCCUGAUUCCCUAUUACCCCCUGCUACUACCAGUCACCCCCUGCCAUUCGCCUCUCAUGGACAUUUUAUUUUCAUUUUCUGAGUCAUGUGAAUUAUAUAGAAUGUUGUCUUUCACUUAGUAUGACAUCAUCAAAUAAUGUUGGCUUUCUAAUUAUGCAUUUAUUUUAGUUUUUAUUUGUGUUUUAAUAAAUUCAAGUUUUUCCAGUA